UUUGCCUUUCCCCCCAGGAGGGAUGGCAAACAAGCUCUUAGUGCCUUUUGGGUAGUUUGUGCUGGUCAGUCUGGAGUGAUUGCAAAGAGAAACAGGCCAGCUGAAAAUGAAAAUUAUCCCGACCAUUUCUUGGGCAAGGAAGAGAAAAGACAUUGUGCUGGGCAGCAUGAGUCGCAGUGGGUCUGUUGGCUGCUCCCUGGGAAAGAAUCGCUCAGUGGGCAAGCUCAUUGCACUUCCAGUCCUAGCCCUGGCAUGCCACUUUUCUCCAGGGGAGGCCACCAGCUUGUGAGCUGGGUCAAGGGAGGCCCCUCUGACUCUGCCAUUUCCUGAUUAAUAUCUCUGUUCUUGCGGUGGUAGAGAUGAGAUGUGUGUGAUGUGAGACACCUGCAUCCCACCGUGGUGAAGUCGGAGAAUCAGCUGGCUGGUCAAUGCCAGCGUGCUACAGAGGGAGGCUCAGAUAGCUUUCAGCUCAGCUGUCAGACGGGCAGAAGAGCCCCGUCCCCGGCUCUCUCUCAGUCAUGAACGGAACUUGCUGUCUCAUCAAAGGGGACACCAUCGCCCAGGUGAUGCCUCCCUUGCUGGUCCUGGCAUUCGUGCUCGGAGCCUUGGGCAACGGCCUCGCUCUGUGUGGCUUCUGCUUUCAUAUGAAGUCAUGGAAACCAAGCACCGUCUACCUUUUCAACUUGGCCGUGGCAGACUUCCUUCUGAUGGUAUGUCUCCCUUUUCGGACUGAUUACUACCGGAAAAAUCGGAAAUGGGCUUUUGAAGACAUCCCUUGCCGAGUGGUACUGUUCAUGCUGGCCACCAACCGAGCCGGCAGCAUCGUAUUUCUCACAGUGGUAGCUGUAGAUCGUUAUUUCAAGGUGGUCCACCCCCACCACGCCCUGAACACCAUCUCCAACCGGACAGCAGCUUGCAUCACCUGUGCCCUCUGGGCCAUGGUCAUUGUGGGAACUCUGUUUUUGCUGACUGAGAGCCACCUGUGUGUGCAGGGCAGAACAGUGUCCUGUGAGAGCUUCAUCAUGGAGUCUGCCAACGGCUGGCAUGACAUCAUGUUCCAGCUGGAGUUCUUCCUGCCGCUGGGCAUCAUCUCCUUCUGCUCCUUCAACGUCGUCUGGAGCCUGAGGCAGAGGCAGCAGCUGACCAGGCAAACCCGGAUGAAGAAGGCCACCCGGUUCAUCGUUGUGGUGGCUGCUGUGUUUGUCAUCUGCUACCUGCCCAGUGUCUUGGCCAGACUGUACUUUCUCUGGACAGUCCCAUCAAGUGCUUGUGACACAUCUGUGCAUGUGGCCCUUCACAUCACCCUCAGCUUCACCUAUAUGAACAGCAUGCUGGACCCCCUGGUAUAUUACUUCUCAAGCCCUUCCUUCCCAAAAGUCUAUACCAAGUUCAAGAUCUGUGGUGUGAGAUCCAAGCGCCCAGGAGAGUCAAAGACACAGAAUUCAGAAGGAAUGUCAACAUUGAAACCCUGCCCAAAGAGUUGUAAUUUUAGGGAGACUAGCUCCAGAAGCCAUCCAGAUGUUCAGUGGGACCUCCACACAUUUUGAAUGUCAUGCCCUGACUGAAUUCACCAGGAUGCCAAAGAGACAUGUGUGUUGGAAGUGAUUUGUGGAAAGUGAGGGUGGGAAUAGGGGAAGAAGAGAAGGUUGUCUCUGAAAAUACUGCCUUCUCUAGGUAUGUCCUCAAGCCCCACUAUUAAAACCUCUUUGCCAUGUUC